GCGGCCGGCGAGCGUGGGGUGAGGCUGCCAGGCUGCCAGCGCUCAGGAGCGCGGGGGUUUGCGGCCUGCGAUCUACAGUCCCCAGCCGCUCAGUACGUGAGGCGUCAGGCGCAGUGAGCCGAGCCUCUCCGCGCCCUGGGCAGCGUGGCCAUGGAGAAUCAGGUGCUGACGCCGCACGUCUACUGGGCUCAGCGACAUCGCGAGCUGUAUCUGCGCGUGGAGCUGAGUGAUGUGCAGAACCCUGCCAUCAGCAUCACUGAAAACGUGCUGCAUUUUAAAGCUCAGGGCCAUGGCGCCAAAGGGGACAAUGUCUAUGAAUUUCACCUGGAGUUCUUGGACCUUGUGAAGCCAGAGCCGGUGUACAAACUGACCCAGAGGCAGGUAAACAUUACGGUUCAGAAGAAAGUGAGUCAGUGGUGGGAGAGGCUCACCAAGCAGGAGAAGCGCCCACUGUUCUUGGCCCCCGACUUCGAUCGCUGGCUGGAUGAAUCCGAUGCGGAAAUGGAGCUCAGAGCCAAGGAAGAAGAACGCCUAAAUAAACUCAGACUGGAAAGCCAAGGCUCCCCUGAAACUCUUACAAGCUUGAAGAAAGGAUACCUGUUCAUGUAUAAUCUCGUGCAAUUCUUGGGAUUCUCCUGGAUCUUUGUCAACAUGACCGUGCGGUUCUGUAUCUUUGGAAAAGAGUCCUUCUACGACACCUUCCACAGCGUGGCCGACAUGGUCUAUUUCUGCCAGAUGCUGGCAGUGGUGGAGACCAUCAACGCAGCCAUUGGAGUCACGUCGACGGCGGUGCUGACCGCUCUUAUCCAGCUCCUUGGAAGAAAUUUCAUUUUGUUCAUUGUCAUUGGCACCAUGGAAGAAAUGCAAAACAAAGCUGUGGUCUUCUUUGUGUUUUAUACUUGGAGCAUGGUUGAAAUUUUCAGGUACCCCUUCUACAUGCUCGCCUGCAUCGACAUGGACUGGAAGGUGCUCACCUGGCUGCGCUACACCGUGUGGAUCCCCGCGUACCCUCUGGGGUGUCUGGCAGAAGCGGUUUCAGUGAUCCAGUCUAUUCCAAUAUUCAACGAAACCGGAAGAUUCAGUUUCACACUGCCGUAUCCAAUGAAAAUCAAAGUUAGAUUUUCGUUUUUUCUUCAGAUUUAUCUUAUAAUGUUAUUUUUAGGGUUAUACAUAAAUUUCCGUCACCUUUAUAAACAGCGCAGGCGGCGCUAUGGACAAAAAAAGAAAAAGAUUCACUAAAAAGGGAGAGUUAGAUUGCUUCCUGCCAGUUGGAGCCUAAUCUGUGAUUCUUAACAGUUUUACCUUCUUGUACCUAUGUAAAAGUUUUUUUAAAGUUAAAAGGUUAAAUUCUCAGCGAGGCUAUCUUCCUUUUUCUCAGUGACAUUCCUGAACUUACUGUAUUAGUGUAGUUCUUGCAUGACAUGGAUUCCUAAUAUCUGGUGACAGGUUUGUUCUUGUGUAUUCAGUUAAUGACAGCUGAAGACUCAGCCCACGCCCGCCCCACUUCACGUGUUGUCAGCCCGUUCCCUACAUGCCGGAGACACCGUGCGUGCUUGAUCCCUGCAAGCUACUGACCGUUCUCUAGUUGGGGUUUGUGCUUUUCAGCUGUUGUGCAAAAAAGCAAGACUACACUGUUCUACAGGAGGCUGCUGAAAUGGACUCAGGCAGGACCUCUGUAUCUACCCAGGAGGGCCCUGGUUUAGUCAGGUGGCAUUGCCCUUUUGCAAGUCCAGUGGACUCAGUCAAUAGUAAAACGUUCCUAAGUCAGGAGGGGCUGGAAAUGUGUUUUCUAUCUGACAUUGUUUGGCCUCACAGGGCCUGUCCCUACAGUGCAGACCAGCAUAGGCCCUGGCGAGGCCCAGAGUGACAGGAAAAGAAAUGAUUUGAAGAAAGCCAGUCAGACCUGGGAACACCGUGGUCACUUGAUUCCUAGCUAGAUUGGAACUAUUUUUCACACUAAAGAAAGGUGAAACACUAUUUAGAAAACGGUGACAUUCUGAGUCCCAUAUGCAGAUGGCUGUAGGGGUCGGAGGGGCACACAAAGACGCGGGUCCAACUGGCAGGAAGUGAGCUGCUGGUGAGGCAGUGCAGAGGCGGGAGCACUGCAGUGGGCCAGCCAGGCCUCCGAAGCCGGCCUAAGCUGUGCACCGCCUUCCUCAGUGCUGGCUGAGUCCGUUCUCUGUACUCGUCUGAGGGAGUGGUGACAUUUUUGAGUAGACCUCAAAAACAACCACUUUUCUUCUGCUGUCAUCAGAUUGGCUUUACCUGUCUGCAGUAGAACACUGGAAACUGGAUGGCAGCUGUGGGUGACGAACCACAAACCCAUCUUUUAACAGAUUCCAGGAAGCCCACCAGAAGGGGAAGUGAACAAGAUCUAGACACAUAGCUGGCCAUUGUAUAAAACAUGUUUCCUCUGAAGCAUUCCAAGUGACCCACGUAAAAGCGAGUGUUGGAAGUAGGAAGGCGUGGUAGCUCUUCCUCUUCUGCCAUUCCCGUUCUGAGGGAAAGGAAACCUAAUGAGUUGAUGCUGUUUCCCUGAGCCCAUGAGGGAAUGGUGGUUUGACCCAAAACGCCUGAUAAGCAUAGGCCGGCUGAUUUGUAAAGAAUUCCUAGACUGAAGGACACGUUGAAUGUAUGUGACUUCUGUUGACACUGGUCUGUACAGACCUCUGAUGUUCUUCAAACUGACUGUGUGUAACUGGGCAGAUCAGCUUUGCAGUAGGCUACACUGCAUCCUCCUGGCAAAAUCCUGUAGUAGCGAUUGUUACAAACACCUUUAUUGCUGUCUGAGAAAGUGAAAGAUUGUGUAUUUCUAUUAAAAAACAUUUGCAUUCAAAAUCCUUAAA